AUGUUCGGCCAUCCGUCUCGCGUAAGACAGCGCCUCCCUGUCGUCCGCCCCUCCGAUAAAGAGAACCCCGACUCGAAAAAAAUCUGGCCCGCGAACCGCCCCUCGGUCGACGAGGAUCCCGACCGAGCAAGGGGACUCGCGGAUUAUGUUCUGGUUCACGGCUCGGAGGGCCCCGGCCUCCUCGUCCGAGACGUGGACCAACGGGUGGCGGUGGAAGAGGACGACGACGAGGGAGGCUCGACGGUCGGCCGCCAGGUGGCACACGUCGUGGUGCAUGGAGGCGAAGGGGGAGAUGGAGGUGAAAGGGUAGACGGUCGCGUGGCCUCGAUUCUCGUGCUCGAAGAAUCGGAGGGCGUUGAUGAUGUGGUCCGACUCGCCGGAGGAGAACGGUAACGUCAGCAUGACUCCAACUAUUUUCCAGAGUACUGCGAAAAGUGCAAGGCACCCGACUAUGGCGAAGCUCCUGAAUGACAUCGACGAGAAGUCGAUUCUCGCGGUGCUGACGACGAAAAAGAUGGGCAAAACGAUGGAGGAGAUGAACAGCUCGAGCUUAUCGACCAAGGCCGAGCCUAAAGGAGGCCCAUCGGGUAUCACCAUGCCCAUAAUAAUAGGGCCGAAUAUAAAAUGCUGCCCGAAAUACUCGCCGUAA